CACUAUAAAUAGCUAAUAGUAAUAUUAACAAAAACAAAGACAAUUACUAUUAGCGUUUGUUCUUUUUUUUCUCUGAACAUUACUAAUAUUCUUGGUGGAAGAAAGAAUGUCAGAGAAUAAGGUAACACUAGAAUCAAAACUAACAGUUGUAUCAAGUAGACCUGUGAAAUCAGGUAAGACUCAUAAGUUAUCAGGUGUGGAUCAUGCUAUGGGAUAUCAUACAUUGCAUUUGAUAUUCUACUACAAGAAUGAAGAAAAAUGGUUUGGUUCAUUUGAGUUGGAUCCUUUGAGGGAAUCAUUGUCUGAGGUUUUGUCGAUAUAUCCGACAGUAACAGGACGAUUGGCGCGAGAGAAGGAGGAGGAUGGUGGUGAUUGGGAAGUUAGGUGUAAUGACGCCGGUGUUCGAGUUAUAAAGGCUAAUGUGGAUUGUACCAUUGAUGAAUGGCUGUCAUCUUCUGCUUUUGGAUUUGAUGAGACACAGCUUAUUGCUUGGGAUGAUAUGCCUCAUGAUACAAGUACUUGGUCUCCUUUUCGAAUUCAGAUCUUACAAAUAUAUCAUUUCAAUUCUACUAUACCUCUUGAUAAUUCAGUGGUAUUUACUCACCACCGUAUAAGAACAAACCAAAUAAAUAAACAGUUUCAAGAAGGAGGGCUUGCAAUAGGACUAAGUUGUAGUCACAUGCUUUCUGAUCUUACUUUUGCAUCAUCUUUCUUGAAAUCAUGGUCACAAACUCACCGCCACUACCCUAUUUCACACCCUCCUUUCUUCAAUCCAAUUACUCCAAAUAACAUUAACAAUGUUCCAAAUUCAUCCUCAAAACCACAAACUAUUAUUACUUCUUCAACAAACAACAUAGUCACAGCCACUUUCAAAUUUCCAAGUUCAAUCAUUAAACAAUGUCUCUCCAAAAUCCAAAACACAACAUGUUCCAAUGCUACUCCAUUUGAUUUUCUCUCAGCUUUGUUUUGGACUCGUGUUACUCAUUUGAAGCCUUCAAAAGUUCAUAAUCAAAAUCACUCUUUAUCAAUCUGUAGAGACUUUAGAAAGCUUGUUAAACCAUCACUCCCUAUAGGGUAUUUCGGAAACGCGUUACAUUUUUCAAAUCUUUCGAUAAAAGUACAAGACAUGGAAAAUGGUCAAUUAGAAGACAUGGCAAAUCUAAUACACAAGCAUUUGAAAGAGGUUACGGAGGAAGAAAUUCGGUCGUCUAUAGAAUCGUUUGAGACACGAAAGGAAUCAACCCCGAAAUGUAUGUAUGGUUCUGAGUUAACUUGUGUUUAUAUGGAGGAAGAAGAGUCGGCGUCGUUGUUGUAUGAAUCAAUGUUUAGUAAUAGUGAAAAACCAGCUCAUGUUUCGUGUCGAAUUGGGAAUGUGGAUAGUGAAGGUUUGAUUAUGGUGAUGCCUUCUUCUGAAGGAGGAUUUGCAAGAACUGUGAUAGUAAUGUUGCAGGAGGAAGAACUUGGUAAACUAUGCAAUGAUCAAGAAAUAUUGAAGCUUGAGCCAACAAUUAUUCUUGCUGGUUGUCUGGUACAACAUUGAUAUUUUUAGCAGAAGUUUUUGGAAGAAUCGAAUUCUGUUUGAAAGAAUUAAUCUGUAAGUGUGUUUGGAAGAAUUAAUUAUUGGCAAGGUAGUGGUUGUGGCUAAAACUUAGUAAAAUUGUGCCUAAAUAAUCAGUGUACGUGUGGGAUAAAAUGUGUGAUAAGCAUUUACAAGAUCGAAUUGUACAUUUAUUCAUUUUUAUAAAGAUAAUUAUUUACUAAUAUCAUGUAAUAACAAAAACCAAUCAAGAUAAUUCAAUGGCUUCAAUACCAAUCAAGAUAAUUAUCUUUGAUGUUAAUA